CAUUAAUAAAACAACAACACGAGCACCGCCUUGAGGAUUCAGUCCGGGUUGUUCCGGACUGUCUGCAGCAGAAGACUUCUGAAGACUUGUUUCAUUUUAUGAAUAGCACGCUAAGAAUGUACUGAAGCUGAAAAUGAGCCUCUCCAAUAUCUUUUCUAGAUUAGCUGUUGGGGCAGGGAAACAGUAUGGUGCUGUCCAGACAACACGCAGUAUUUCCGUCAACAGUCCACUCUACUUAAGGCCCACACAAUGCUUAUACAAGGAGCCAUUGAAGAGGAGGAAAUUUGUCCUCGAUCAAAACACCAUAAAAGUGAGGGACGAAAGAAAGAAAAGGAAAAUUGAGAAAGAAAUCAAGAGGCUGCAAAAAUUUACUGCAACUCUGAAGCCAAUUGAAGAGCAGCAAUUACCUUUGCACAUCCAAGAUGAAUAUGAACAACGGCAAAGACCAGAAACAAAACUGACUCCAGAAGAAGAUGAACGACGAGCAUUAUUAAUGAAGCAAUGGAGCCGUCAUCGAGCUUUGGAGCAUAAGGCUGAUGUACGAAUGAUUGAGAGGAUACAGUAUUCGCAACAGCUAGCUCUAGAUAAGCUUCGAGAGGAGUCAGAAGAGUUGUAUCAAGCUGCAAUAAAAAUUGAUGCAGCUUUGGUGCCCGUGACCAUCAAAGGACCAACAGUAACGCCACCUCUAAGAGAAUACGAUAGCCCAGAUGGUGAUUUCAAUAACACAUCUUUUAAAUGGGGUUGAAUGGCCUGAAGUGAACAUCCAUUUUUCUGUACUGUACCUUAAAUUUGGCAAUUCUUGUUUGAGAUGGUUUGAGUUCCAUACAGAUCACCUCAACACUUUAGAAACUUACUGAGGUUUCUAAUGUGAGUGGUUAAAAUUGAUAUAAUUUUUGUAGUGUCUUUGGAAAGUUCAAAUAAAUGUUUAUAAUGGUGAAAAGUG